UUCUUUUCUGUUGUGGAUAAUGACGGAUACGUUGGGAUACGUGACUAUUAUUAAACGGACCGGAGCCGAUGGUUACCGGUACCCCCUAAACCGACCUUCCUGUUUGUUCGGGAGGAGUACUGAGUGUGACAUCCGGCUCCAGCUACCUGUUGUUUCAAAACAGCAAUGCAGAAUUGAAUUUAAUCGACAACUCAAGGAGGCUAUAUUGGUUAAUUUAAAUUCUGCAAAUCCAACUCACUUAAAUGGAACCACCAUUUGCCAUCCUGUAAAAUUGGAGCAUGGAGACUUAAUUACCAUAUUUGACCGUUCUUUCAGGUUUGAAUAUGAACGUGGCCUUCAAAAUCAAGGAAAACCGCCAAUAAGGCCUUCAGGACCAAAAAACAAAGAGGUGAUGCCAGCUCGAUCCCGAAGUACCUCAACUCUGGACUAUGAACAGUGCCAAAGAAGAGAACGCCACCACCAUUCUUUCAGCGAUAUCCCUACAGAACACACUGAAGAAAAUAACACAAGAUCAUUCUCACUAAUGAACUAUCUAGAGGAAAUGAAUGCAGAUAAACCUAAAAAAUGUGAUGAUGCUUCAGAUAAUGUAGAAGAAGAACUUGCAGGGAAAACUCCAACUUCACAUAAGAAAGAACCCAAAAAAAGUACCACAAAUGUCACUGAAAAAAGUUCCAUUUCCAUCGAUCCAGCAGCUGACUGCAGUGGAGAUGUGAAUGUGAGUCCCACAUUUCCAAAGAAGAAUGAAAACCAUGAUUUCUCUCCUUUUAAGAAACUUUUUGGCCUGAUGAAAGGAGAAUUAAACAGUAACCGCCACCAGAUAGGCCAUCAGAGCUAUCCUGGCAGCCGAAAAUCUGGGCCCAAGACUCGGGUCAGCAUGGAUGAUAGAGAGCAGAAGACAGAGCUCUUCCAGUCUUCCCUCUCCAGAGCCUCUCCGAGGAGCCAGAGCCAUCUGAACAUCCUCAAUGCCUUUGGAGAACUCCAGGAGGGCAAGAAUGCCAAAGAAGAAAAGCCCAAAGUCCUGCCGAGGAGCCUGGCUCGAGGGAGCCCUGGACCAGCCUUGGAGCUGGAGAGGAGCCCUGAGGAAGAAAGGUGGUUUGAGGACCCCUACGAGAGCGCUUUGGAGCAGAGCCAGGCAGAGAGAUUCCCAGCUGAGAAGUCGGGCCAAGAGGUGGAACGGUUGAAGGCGCCCCGAAAACGCAGGAGUGAGGGGCUGGCUGUCGGGAAUUCAGGAAGAAGAAAGGAGGAGGACAGACGGAGGUCGGCCCCCCUGGUGCUCCCAUCAGAGAAUCCCAAUCAUCCUUCUUCUCUGUACACACUCCGGUCCCAAACCAAGAGGUUUUCCUCCUGGGGAAGUGGUAAACUGCCCAAAUUAGGGGGAGAGACUGCCCAAACCCCCGACCACAUGGGCACGCCCGUUCUCAAAGAGAGCGACAUUAAUGGUGGGGGAGCAUCUCCAGAUUUGCCCAAAAAUAAAGGGAGUCUCUUGAAGAACAAUCAAAUUACUCCAAAGAAGAAAGCCUCCAGUUCAGAAGAGAUAGCCAAGGAAACUGAAAAAGAAGACCUCUAUUUUGAAGGUAACGUGAAUGAGAGUGACAGAUCAGCCAAAAGGAGGAGAGUUUCUUUUGGAGUCCAUCUAAGACCUGAAUUAUUUGAUGAAAACUUACCUCCCAAUACACCUCUUAAGAGAGGAGAAUCUCCAGGGAUAAGACGAAGAGGUGGAAGCCAGCCUCAGACUGUCCUGAGAAAAUCAAUAAUUAAGCAGGAACAUUCUAAACUACUGGAAAAAGAGCCUUCCUCCCACACUGUAGAGGAAGGGGUAGCAUUGAAUGUGCACGUACAAGACCUGUCACCAGAGUUGCCUGAGACUAAGAAAAUAUUUGCCCACUCCAGUAUUUCUCAAUCUUGUGAGAAUACAGAAUCUGUUGCUGGUGAAAUCCAGCUCGAGAAGAUGAACAAACCAUCAUCCUCGAAGAGCCCAGCUUCUGGAAGAAGAAGCCAACAUGAUAUUUUGCAGAGGAUUUAUGCCAAGAGGAGAAGUGGUGCAUCUGAAGCCAAUCUCAUGGUUGUACGCUCUUGGGCAGAUGUGGUGAGAUUAGGAACUAGGAAACCACAAACAGAUGUUGUUGUAAAACAUGGUCUUGAGAAAAGAAUAAUAAAAAAGCAGAAGAGAUUAACCCCCAAGAAACCAGCAAAUGGCACUAAGGAUUCCUUUGGUACAGGUCAUGCAAACUCUCCCUGCACCAUAGUGAUUGGUAGAGCUCAUACUGAAAAAGUGACUGUGCCUAUUAGGCCCUGUAGGAUGCUGAACAGCUUUGUUUUAAAAACUGACAUGGAUAUGAAUGAGGAUUUUACAGGAUUAGCAGACAUGUUUAAAAUCCAUAUAAAUAAGAAACGGAAGUCUGAGACUGGUACAGCUCAACUUUUGUUUGAAGAAAUGUCUUGUAAAGAACACCCUCAUACAUCUUCAGGAAAUGAGCACACUUCAGAUGAAUGUGCAAAGAAACUGAUAUCCACUACUCAGGAUGCAGCACAAGAGUUACUUGCCUCAAGCAUUUCUUCAUGCCGCCGUUCCCCAAGAAACCGACAGUCAAGGGGAGGAGAUAAUAUAAUUAAAAUCCCUGAAAUGGAAAAUGAUGAAAUAAUUCCAGUUGUAGAAGAGCAUAAAAUAUUAACAUCAAGUUCAAAAAGGCUGAAGACUUGUAUACCAAAGGAAAAUGAAGCAACCCCGUAUUGUAACAGAAUUAAAACACCAGAAAAUCAAAAAGUUAUAUGUAUAGAAGAAAAAUUAGAAAAUGGAAGUACAAAUAGGGAUACAAAAAAAUUUAAACUACCAAUGGAACAAAGUGUAGACCUGAAUUUUUAUAAUCCAGAAACACCAACUCUCAACACUUUAGAACAUAUCCAUGUCAUCAAGAGAUUGACUGAAAUGCCAAACAAAGGGGGCUCAAAAGAAAAUUCAAUAGAGAAACACACAAACCUAAAAAAUCAAAACAAAGAAAUAUUAGAUCAAUUAGGAGUCACACCUCCAUUAAAAAUUAGAUCAAAUAAAGAGCAACCUGUCACUAACCAACCAGUAGGGAUACCAAAACAUAGAAGAAUGUCAUUGCAAAAUAAAAAGUACUCUCCAACAGAAGUCAAUAAAAUGACAAGUCUGAAGCCAGUUAUUGUGUAUCCAGAUGUGACAGAUACCUCAGAAACUGUAAUAAUCAAGCAUGAGCUAGGAGACAUGAAGAAAAAAGUAACAAGAACCCCAAAGCAAAAAAUAGAACUAGUGGAAUAUGAGGAUCUAAGUGGCAUCCGGGAACUUAUGACAACUCCAAGACAAACAGCAAAAGACAAAAUAGCAGAUUUUACUGGGGAUGAUGGAAAAGUUCAGAAAAAACAUAGAAGGUCAAUCCCAAAGCAAAAAAUAGAACUAGUAGAAGAUGAGGACCUGAGUGGGAUUCGGGAACUUAUGGCUACUCCAAGACCAACAGCAAAAGACAAAAUGGCAGAUUUUGCUGGUGAUGAUGCAAAAGUUCAGAAAAAACGUAGAAGUUCAACCCAAAAGCAAAAAAUAGAAGUAGUGGAAGAUGAGGACCUAUGUGGCAUCCGGGAACUUAUGGCAACCCCAAGACCUACGGCAAAGGACAAAAUGACAGAUUCUUCUGGAGAUGAUGGAAAAGUCCAGAGAAAACAUAGAAGUUCAACCCAAAAGCAAAAGAUAGAACUAGUGGAAGAUAUGGACCUAAGUGGCAUCCGGGAACUUGUGACAACUCCAAGACCUACAGCAAAGGACAAAAUGACAGAUUCUUCUGGUGAUGAUGGAAAAAUCCAGAGAAAACGUAGAAGUUCAAUCCCAAAGCAAAAAAUAGAACAAGUGGAAGAGAAAGACCUAAGUGGCAUCCGGGAACAUGUGACAACUCCAAGACCAACAGCAAAAGACAAAGUGGCAGAUUCUUCUGGAGAUGAUGGAAAAGUUCAGAGAAAAGUUAGAUCUUCAACACCAAAGCAAAAAAUAGAAGUGGUGGAAGAUGAGGACCUGAGUGGCAUCCGGGAACUUAUGGCAACUCCAAGACCAACAGCAAAAGACAAAGUGGCAGAUUUUACUGGGGAUGAUGGAAAAGUUCAGAAAAAACGUAGAAGUUCAACUCCAAAGCAAAAAAUAGAAGUGGUGGAAGAUGAGGACCUGAGUGGGAUCCGGGAACUUAUGGCAACUCCGAGAUCAACAACAAAAGACAAAGUGGCAAAUUUUGCUGGGGAUGAUGGAAAAGUUCAGAAAAACCGUAGAAGUUCAACUCUAAAGCAGAAAAUAGAAGUGGUAGAAGAUGAGGACCUGAGUGGGAUCCGGGAACUUAUGGCUACUCCAAGACCAACAGCAAAAGACAAAGUGACAGAUUUUGCUGGGGAUGAUGGAAAAGUUCAGAAAAAACGUAGAAGUUCAACUCCAAAGCAAAAAAUAGAAGUGGUGGAAGAUGAGGACCUGAGUGGCAUCCGGGAACUUAUGGCAACUCCGAGAUCAACAACAAAAGACAAAGUGGCAAAUUUUGCUGGGGAUGAUGGAAAAGUUCAGAAAAACCGUAGAAGUUCAACUCUAAAGCAGAAAAUAGAAGUGGUAGAAGAUGAGGACCUGAGUGGGAUCCGGGAACUUAUGGCUACUCCAAGACCAACAGCAAAAGACAAAGUGACAGAUUUUGCUGGGGAUGAUGGAAAAGUUCAGAAAAAACGUAGAAGUUCAACUCUAAAGCAAAAAAUAGAAGUAAUUGAAAAUGAAGAUCUAAGUGGCAUCCGGGAACUUAUGGCAACCCCGAGACCAACAGCAAAAGACAAAGUGGCAGAUUUAGCUGGUGAUGAUGGAAAAGUUCAGAAAAAACAUAGACGUUCAACCCUAGUGCAAAAAAUAGAAAUAGUGGAAGAUGAGAACCUAAAUGGCAUCCGGGAACUUAUAGCAACUCCAAGACCAACAGCAAAAGACAAAGUGGCAGAUUUUGCUGGGGAUGAUGGAAAAGUUCAGAAAAAGCGUAGAAGUUCAACUCUAAAGCCAAAAAUAGAAGUGGUAGAAGAUGAGAACCUGAGUGGGAUCCGGGAACUUAUGGCUACUCCAAGACCAACAGCAAAAGACAAAGUGACAGAUUUUGCUGGGGAUGAUGGAAAAGUUCAGAAAAAACGUAGACGUUCAACUCUAAAGCAAAAAAUAGAAGUAAUUGAAAAUGAAGAUCUAAGUGGCAUCCGGGAACUUAUGGCAACCCCGAGACCAACAGCAAAAGACAAAGUGGCAGAUUUAGCUGGUGAUGAUGGAAAAGUUUUGAAAAAACUUAGAACUUCAACUCCAAAGCAAAAAAUAGAACUAGUGGAAUAUGAGGAUCUAAGUGGCAUCCGGGAACUUAUGACAACUCCAAGACCAACAGCAAAAGACAAAAUGACAGAUUCUUCUGGGGAUGAUGGAAAAGUUCAGAAAAAACUUAGAAGUUCAACUCCAAAGCAAAAAAUAGAACUAGUAGAAGAUGAGAGCCUAACUGGGGUCCAGGAACUUAUGACAACCCCAAGACCAGCAGCAAAAGACAAAGUGGCAGAUUUUGCUGGGGAUGAUGGAAAAGUUCAGAAAAGACGCAGAAGUUCAACUCCAAAGCAAAAAAUAGAAGUGGUGGAAGAUGAGGACCUGAGUGGCAUCCGGGAACUUAUGGCAACUCCGAGAUCAACAGCAAAAGACAAAGUGGCAGAUUUUGCUGGGGAUGAUGGAAAAGUUCAGAAAAAACGUAUAAGUUCAACUCCAAAGCAGAAAAUAGAAGUGGUGGAAGAUGAGGACCUGAGUGGGAUCCGGGAACUUAUGGCAACUCCGAGUUCAACAGGAAAAGACAAAGUGACAGAUUUUGCCGGGGAUGAUGGAAAAGUUCAGAAAAAACGUAGACGUUCAACUCCAAAGCAAAAAAUAGAUGUGGUGGAAGAUGAGGACCUGAGUGGGAUCCGGGAACUUAUGGCAACUCCGAGACCAACAGCAAAAGACAAAGUAGCAGAUUUUGUUGAGGAUGAUGGAAAAGUUCAGAAAAAUCUUACAACCUCAAAACAAGUUGUAUGUACUGCUACAGAUGCCAAAGUCCAAAAGAAGCUGAUGAGGUCAGUAGAACAACAAAUUGAGAUGGAAGAUCUCAAAGACACUGAGCAGCUUAAGAAGACUCCCAAACGAAAACGUGAGCCUGUUGAACACCUAACAACAGUCAAGAGACCGAUGAGAAGCCCUAAAGACAAAGUAGAACCAGAAGUUGUGGUAUGCAGUGAAAGACUGCUAAGGACUCCUCAGGAAAAAGGACCUACAGUAGUAGAAAGUCACAUAAGCAACAGAAAUAUCAAGCAGGAGGCUCCAAAGCGCAAAACUCAAUCAUCUGAAGAUCUGAUAGAUCUCAGGAGACUUGUACCUGCUCUUGAGGAAAACUUAGAAUCACUUAGUACUCCAAAACAAAGAGUAGUUGAUUUAGUCAAAGAUAAAGUCAACAAGGAUGUCAUCUUGACAAAGUGUGAAUCAGAAAAUCUGAGCAGAACCAGGAGACAGUCAAGAAUUGCUAAAGAAAAGGUGGAACUGAAACUCAUGAAGACUCCUAAAGAAAAGAUAGCACUUUUGAAAAUUCCCACACACAAAGUAAAACCAGAAGAUCUAAAUAUGACUUUUAAUGAAAGGGGAGAGUUAACCACAGAAGAUCCAGCUAACACUAAGAAUUUGGUGAGGACCCCUAAAGAAAAGGAGGGAGAGUUAAUGAAAGAUCUAAAUGCUAUUAGAUUGAGGACCUCUAAAGAAAAGGGCCAGUUGGAUAAAGAUUUGACAGAUGUUACUAUCUUUAUGGGGACUCCAAAUAAAGUAGAAGACAGAAAUAAUGCACAAGAAAUAUCUGAAUCAGAUUCAGAACUCUUACAAGAACUAAAAAUGCUCAGAAAAAAAGCAAUAGAUGAUUUCAGUGCUUCUAAUCAAGAACCUCAAAUAACAGAAAAAAUACUAGAGCCAGCACAGGAAGUCAAACCUCAGACAGUUGGUGGUGGCCGUGUUAGGAAUAAGUUACCGAAAUCAAGAAAAAGAGUGGUGGGAAAUGUCUUCCAAUUAAAGACACCUUCAAGAACAAAAGACUCCAAUUUUGAAGUAGACUAUACUGGGUUUAAAGAAAUGUUUGAAUCACCAAAAGAAAGCAAGGACGACUCAGGGGAAGUGGAUCAAUACCAACUACAAAUUUGCACUAAUCCUUUUGAGAAAAAUGAAGAUAAGUCUGAUCCCUCUAAAAUUGAUGGGUCAUUAUACUCAAUGAGCCUAAAGGAAAAUAUUCAAAAAGACGAAACUAAUCAAGCUCAACAAGAACAUGAUAGUUUGCUUAGUGAGACAGAAAAUCCAUUCACCAAAAAAACCCAAAAGAAAUCUCUGCUGAGAUUUCAGGGUGAAAUAAAAGAUACAGAUGGCUUAAAUCAAAGAACAUCAAGAACCAGAAGAAAAACCACAUUUGAUGCAGAAUCAAAAGUUGCUUCAACAAAGAUCGAUGAUGAAAAGAUUGUAAAGAACAUCACCACGGGGAAAAACAAGAAAUCUCUUGACAGUUUUCUGGAUGAAGUCAGUGAUAAAAAUGAUAGCAGUGAGAGAACAUUAAGAUCCAGAAGAAAAACCAGAUUUAAUGCAGAGUCAAGACUUGCUUCAGCAAAGAUGGAUGACGGAAGUUUGGAACAUUCAGAAAAAGAGGAACCUGUGAAGACAGGGCCCAGAACAUUCUGCAAUACAGAGAGUCACGGGCAUCAAACUGAUAAGGAAGUGCAGAGUAGUAGUUCAAGUUUUUCAGAGAGAGAUAAAGAGAAUUCUGAAGACCCUGUAGACAAUUUAAGGAAAAGGGUUGCAGGGAGAACAACAUCAAGAUCAAAAUCUAAAAAUAAAAAUGCAGAAUCACCUAGUGAGUCAAAUGUUUCACACACAAAUGAUGAAAAAUGCUCAGAUAACAAGAGGUUGACAGAAGAGAAACUGAUUCAAAAAAUGGCAGCCCCCCCCUUAAGAUUUAGCAGCAGGAAUAAAACCAAUAAGGAAUUGCUUGGAUCCCCUGGCCCUUUACUGAGUGAAACAAAUAGGUCACCAAAGGAGAAGAAUGAAAAGAAAAAAAGGGCAACUAUAACAACUAGAAAUAGAAGCAAAGCUGAUAUAAAAUUACAAGAAUCUACUGGUAGUUUGGUUAAUGAAAUAGUUUCAUCCCCCAAAGAGGAAGAUAAGGAGGAGAAAUUUGAAAAGAGAGUUGUGAAUAAAGGAAAUUCAGUUUUGCGAUCUAGAAACAGAAAUAAAAGUAAGGACAUGUUACCUUGUGAAUCAAAUAUAUCCUACACAGAUGAGGAAAGGGAAAAUAUAAAAAAUUUGCCAGAGAAACCAAAAGAACAGAAAGUACGGGUAACUGGCUCUAGAAACAGUAAAUUUCUGAAAACAUGCAAUAGUUUAUCUAGUUCAGGAAACAAUGAAAACCCUAUGAAUAGCUGUGACCAGGGCAGGACAGAUGUGAAUGAGGAUGGCAUAGGUUUAAGAACUAGAAGCAGAAAUAAAUCUAAGGAAAAACAAGAGUCAUAUUCAACACACACAGAAUGCAGAGAGGAUAAUGAAGGGAGUUUACCAGUAAGAUUGAAGAGUACAUCUGUUAAUGAAAAAAUGGCAUCUUCAAGAACUAGAAACAAGAUUAAAAAUGCUACAAAAACACAAGAAUUUAACACUUUGCCUACUGAAGUAUAUAAACCUCAGACAGAAGAGAAUUCAAAAGUUGCAAGUCCAGGGAAAGUAGGUAAAUCUAGGAGCAAAAAGAAAAUGGAUCUAAAAAAAUCUGAAAUAGUCACGAGCUCCCCUGAGAAAUUAGAACCUCAAAGUAAAAACCAAGAUGAUACAGAAACACAAGAAGUUCCACAUUCGUGUUGUGUACAGACAGAGCCUGAUCAACACAAUGCAUCUUUGCGACCUAGAACCAGAAAAAGGUUGCUUCACUCCUCCAGUGUUGAACCUGAAGAACUUUGCCUAAAGGAUGAAAAGCCUGUGAAAACUCAGAAAAGUUUAAAUGAUACAACAGAAGAUGGGAAGCCAUCUUUAAAGCCAAAAAGGAAAAGGAAAAUGGAUACAGAACUGAGAGAUUCUGCAGAGGAAGAGAAAAUCCCUGUAGGAAUUCGACCUUUAACUAGAAAGAGAUACAAAGUUGAUAAAGAACUGCAAGAAAUUUCUCCUGUAUCUAGUGCAACUGAGAUUGUGAUAGCUGAAGCAAAUAAAGAAAAGCUUUCAAGCCUGGGAAAUAAACUAAGAGGUAAAGCAAAGGAAAAAACAAAAGAGUCCUUGGAAGUUGAAGAAUCAAAUGGUUUUUCUUUGCCUAGUGCAACUGACAUAGCUUACACAUUGGACCUCUCACCCUCUGGGAUUUGUUCAAACAAGCCCUUAACUCGGAGAAGAGGCAUGGGAAGCAGACUUAAAAAUGAAAGUGAUACGAAUCUGCAGAGAUCUGCUGAUAUUAGCAAAACUGACCCAUCUACUGUUGGCAUGAGUCAAACAUCUGUAAUCGGAUCCAAAAAUAAAAGUGAUUUGGAACAGCAAAGAUCUUCUAAUCUUAGCGAAGAUAACUCAUCUACUGCUGCCUCCAAAACGAUUCUAACAUCAGGAAAAGCUAAAAGGGGGAAGAAAGUUGAUUUCACUCUUUCAACAAAGAAAAGGGGGAGACCAGCAACCAGCAGCAUCAAAACAGAAGCAAUUGUUGUUGAAAACUUUAGUAUUCCACAUAGUCCUCCGAAAUCUGCCCAAGGGCAAGAUACUUUCAAAGAUAACCUUUCAGCAGCAAAAGGAACCAAGUCAGGGCUAAAAGCCCAGACAAAAUUUAAAGCAAAUCAAACUCGAGAAAAUAGUACUUUAUCAGGCAGUGAAAAAAAUUACACCCUAAGAGGAACCAGACCAACUACUAGAAGUUCAAAGCAGAAAUAACAGCCAACCAGACAAAGAAGAACAUUGAAGCAUGAGAAAAAAAGACACGGUGCUCAUUUUGUAAAUCCUCAAAUAUAAUUUCAACAUGAUUUAUAUAUCCUGCUAAUGAAGAAAUGAUUGUUAUAGAGAGAGAAGAAAUGUUAAUAACGAAAUUUGAAGAAGUACUUAGUUAACUUAGUUUAAGUAAAACUAUGUAGAUGUAGAAGAUUUUGAUUUCUUGUUUGUUGCCAGUUUUCAAGUUUUGUAAGUAGGUCAUAAAAUGAUUUUCUACCUACAUUUCUUUAAGUUCAUUUUGCCCAGCUAAUUUUAACAGUAUGUUUAUGGUAAGAUGAAAGUUUAUAUUUUUUGUUUAUUUUUUUUUUAAGGGAAGAUUUUUUUCAAUAAAAUUUUUUUUUUCCAUAA